CGGAGGCGGAACCGGCGGCGCAGACCUGGGCUCCCGGAGCGCAGAGGAGCCGCCGGGCCUGCGGGGAUCGUGCGCCCGCGCCCCCCCGCGCUCAGCCAUGCAGCCCCCGGGCUCCCGCACCCCGCUGCUCGCGCUGCUGGCCGCGCUGCUGGCCGCGCCCCGGGCUCUGGCAGAGGCCCCGCACCUAGUCCUCGUGGACGCGGCGCGUGCGCUGCGGCCCCUGCGGCCCUUCUGGAGGAGCACCGGCUUCUGCCCCCCACUGCCUCACAGCCAGGCUGACCAGUACGACCUCAGCUGGGACCAGCAGCUCAACCUGGCCUAUGUGGGCGCUGUCCCUCACGGUGGCAUUGAGCAGGUCCGGACCCACUGGCUGCUGGAGCUCGUCACAGCCAGGGAGUCAGCUGGGCAAGGCCUGAGCUACAACUUCACCCAUCUGGAUAGGUACCUGGAUCUUCUCAGGGAGAACCAGCUCCUCCCAGGCUUUGAGCUGAUGGGCAGCCCCUCCAAACGCUUCACCAACUUCGAGGACAAGCAGCAGGUGUUUGAGUGGAAGAAGCUGGUCUCCCUUGUGGCCAGGAGAUACAUUGGUAGGUAUGGACUCUCACACGUUUCCAAGUGGAACUUCGAGACAUGGAAUGAGCCAGACCACCACGACUUUGACAACGUGUCCAUGACCAUGCAAGGCUUCCUGAAUUACUACGACGCCUGCUCCGAGGGGCUGCGGGUUGCCAGCCCGGCGCUGCGCCUGGGCGGCCCCGGGGACUCCUUCCACCCCUGGCCACACUCGCCGCUGUGCUGGGGCCUCCUGGGGCACUGCCACAAUGGCACCAACUUUUUCACGGGGGAGCUGGGUGUGCGGCUGGACUACAUCUCCCUCCACAAGAAGGGCGCGGGCAGCUCCAUCUACAUCCUGGAGCAGGAGAAGGCCACCGUGCUGCAGAUACAACGGCUCUUCCCCAAGUUUGCUGACAUCCCCAUUUACAACGAUGAAGCGGACCCGCUGGUGGGCUGGUCCCUGCCGCAGCCUUGGAGAGCUGACGUGACCUAUGCAGCCAUGGUGGUGAAGGUCAUUGCCCAGCACCAGAACCUGCUGGUGGCCAACUCCAGCUCUGCUGUGCGCUACGCGCUCUUGAGCAAUGACAACGCCUUCCUGAGUUACCAGCCGCACUACUUCACACAGCGCACACUCACUGCGCGCUUCCAGGUCAACAACACGCGUCCGCCACACGUGCAGCUGCUGCGCAAGCCCGUGCUCACCGCCAUGGCGCUGCUGGCCCUGCUGGACAGCGAGCAGCUCUGGGCCGAGGUGUCGCAAGCCGGGACGGUGCUGGACAGCAACCACACGGUGGGCGUCCUAGCCAGCGCCCACAGCCCGGCUGGCCCCCUUGACGCCUGGCGCGCCACGGUGCUGGUCUACGCGAGCGACGACACGCGCAACCACGCCAAUCGCAGCAUCGCCUUGACCCUGCGCCUGCAUGGGGUGCCCCCGGGCCCGAGGCUCGUCUAUGUCACCCUGUACCUGGACAACCAGCUCUGCAGCCCCCAUGGCGAGUGGCAGCGCCUCGGCCGGCCGGUCUUCCCCUCGGCAGAGGAGUUCCGGCGCAUGCGCGCCGCCGAGGACCCAGUGGCCGAGGCGCCACGCCCCUUCCCUGCCAGUGGCCGCCUGACACUAAGCCCAGAGCUCCGGCUGCCCUCGCUCCUGCUGGUGCACGUGUGCGCACGCCCUGAGAAGCCGCCAGGCCAGGUGACCCGGCUCCGUUCUCUGCCCUUGACCAGCGGGCAGGUGCUUCUGGUGUGGUCGGAUGAGCGCGUAGGCUCCAAGUGCCUGUGGACGUAUGAGGUCCAGUUCUCCGCAGAUGGUGAGGCGUACGCUCCUGUCAGUAGGAGGCCAUCGACGUUUAACCUCUUUGUGUUCAGCCCAGACUCCGCUGUCACGUCCGGCUCCUACCGGGUUCGAGCAGUGGACUACUGGGCCCGGCCAGGCCCCUUCUCGAACCCUGUGCGAUACCUGGAGGUCCCUGCACCAUGAGGGCCCCCACUGUGCAGUGACCAUGAGCCUGUGCUGACCCGUGAGCCUGGGUGGUCAGGAGCUGAGAUGGGCUGGACCACCAACGGCCCCUCAGUCGACUCUGUCGUUCUCUCCUGUUCUCUUGCUCAUGCCGUUAAAGUGCCUUUUCACUCAUCA